AUGCUGAAUCCUCCAAUCUUGUACCCCUCUGAGUUGGGUGGUCGAUUGUGUCUGCAUUGCAAAUCCGCAAACAUGAUCGCCUCAGUUCAAUUAGAAGUACUUGGUCGGAGGGUGACUAUCGAACCCUCUGCUAAAACUAAGGUGGACCAACUGUCGAAGGGAUCAGAAAACCGUUGCAUGUUUCACCACUUCCUGACUUGGCUGAUGGUAAAUAUGGUGAACUUACAAAUGAUGGACGUGAAAUCACGUGGAAUGAUGGUACUGGUUGUAACAUACACAAACAAAACUAGACGGAACAACGCGAUGGUUCGGUUGACAAGUUGUAUUCAUCAACUCACUAAGUAUUUAUUGAUGCUGCGUGAAUACCGACGAUCCGUCCGAGGGGAUUUUGAGCAACUACCUACGUGCGGCUCCUUUGAGUAUGACGAGAGUUCGAACAUGUGUCGGGGGCCUCCCACUAAAUCGAACGCCCUCUCCCGUGAGUCUUCUCUACAAGACCGGUGGUGUCGUUGUAACAAUGGUGAUCUACCUGUGAACACGACGGACAAGCAGUUUGCACGCACUCUCAUCGAUAGCUUCUACUGGUCAAAUUCCAUUCUUGGAACAAAUUUCAAGAGUUCCCAAGUUUCACUGAUGUCACUGUGGCACACGUUGCGUUCACUGCUGGUGGCUACACAAGAUAUACCAAUCUUUCGAACAGUAUUGACCCUUUUGAAUCAGACCAAAUCAACAUUCAAGGGACAUUAUGCGUAUCCGAAUCCAGAAAAAAAGCUUGAGGGCAUGGAAAUCAGCCUAAAAUAUUGUGCUCCAGAAAUUCUCCAAAACCCGGUUGCCUACUUAUUUAAAAACAAAUCUCCAUGGCACCGAACUGGACUAUCCGACCCAAAACCGGAUGCCUACUCAAAUUUCCAGCCGUCUGAAUGCGAUAGAUAG